AAUGUCAUCUUGGUUUUGUUGCAUGAUUACAUUUAAAUAGUCAGUCUGGUUUUGCUUAUCUCUGGUUGGUUUACAAUCAUUUGUGUCUAACCAAUUUAAACGAAACUAGUGGUGGUUUAGAUUGUUGAUUAUUUUGUUUCCCAUUUUCUUUUUGUCUGUUGAAAUCGUAUAUAAAUGAUCAUGAUCCAUUUUUUGAUGAUUUACUCACUUGAUUAUAUUCAUGUUAAUCCUAUCUUUAUGUGAAUGAGAGAUUAUUUCACCUUCGAGAAGAAACUUAUUUCUGUAUCAGAUCAUCAUCAUCAUCAUCAUCAUCAUAUCAUCAUCAUCCGAUGUUUGUAAUACUGGAUUGAUGUCUUUAUUUUAUGCUCUUUAAUAAUUAAUUACCUUUAUUCAUUCAUUUCCCUUCUAACUAUCACUUUGCUAACUGUUAAUCAAAAAGCCAACCUAAAUAAACCAUUAACAUUAGGACUACGACGAUUAUUAAAAUACUUAUUCAAUGGAUAGAUUUGUCAAAUCAGUCAACAAUAUGAACUCAACGGUUCUCGUGCCUUCGAAAUUAAGAGACAUGGACAUUGUUGGUAAUAAGAUUAGCAGUUGUACUGGCUCAAUACCGCCCUGUUUAGCCAAUGCCGAUAUGUACAGUUUUUACGUUAUGAUGAAUGAUGUUAAAGAGGAACUGCUCUGGGGACCGUCGAGUAUUUCAACUUUUGGUGGUUCCUUUGCACCGGAUGGAUGUUGCCCAACUGUUAGAGAUAAAUCAAUUAACUGUACAGUUGGUAGUAAUCGAUUAACUACAUCUUUAGGAAGUAAUAUGUUAACCGGUGGUAGAAUUACUGGAAGACAUAGUCGUCAACCUUCAGCUGAUGAAUCUCUUGGCUCUUUAGGAUCUACUGCAUCAUCAUCUGAUCUCGAAACGGAUAGUGAAGCUGAUUCAUUUGUAAAAGAUAAAGAAUUAGAUGAUGCAACUCUACACUUAGCCCAAGCAUUCCGGCAGCAUUUACAAGCAUUACACACGAUACUUCAUCAAUUUGCCGAUGCUGCUGAUUAUUUAUCUCUCAGAUAUCAAGAAGAAAUUGAUUCUUCUUUUUAACAUUUCCUAUCCCUUAAUCUUUGCCUCUUUUCUUUGGCUCUUUAUUUUUCUCUACCUACUUACCUUUCCCGAAAAAUUUUUCCACCUCCUUACAUUAAUUUCUAAUCUUUAACCUUUUCUCCCUUUUCUCAGACUUUACUUUCUCUCUCACUACUUAUCUUCCUAUCUUCUUUUCUCUCUAUCCCCUGUUUUUCUUCUUUACUCUCUCUCUCUCUUUCACUUCUUUUUUCUUUUCCAUGUUCUUGCUUUUUCUCGAGAAUCUUUUUGUUCUCUCUUUCCUCUGGCUCACGCACUCAAAUCAAACGCAAAUCAUCAAGAUAUAAAAUUGAGAAAAAUGUUAUAUUAUGAAAGUUAUUGAUUAAUUUUUAUGUUAAUUUUCUUAGUUGCCGAAUCUCAUGAAAAAGAAAGAAGAUGAACCAAGCCAAACCCAAUUUUUUGCUUCAAAACCUGUAAUUAAGUAGCAAAAACAACAAUUAAGAAAAAAAUUGACAUUUACCAAAUAAAAACAGAAACAAACAAAAACCCUAAUUAAAUGAUUUUAAACAAGAACAA